AGGUGAGAACCUGAGCGGGCACGAAGACAGCGGUGACCACUGUGUGUAAUACUACAACUUCUACUGUCACUACUAUUACUAUUAGUACUCUUUCUUUUACUGCUGUGCGCUCUGGUAACUCACCGACAGCUCCGCGUCUUGGAGACCCCAGACUGUUGUACCAGCCGUCAAAGCGAGGAACCUCCCAGCUUUCCUCUCCGCCUGAGUCUGAUCAACACAUGGCGAGUUUGUUUUAACACUUUUUUUUCUACUUCAUCUGAGUUCAGCAAAGUGAUUUUUAUAAAGUGUAGUCUCCGUCUACUCACGUUCACUGACGAGGAGCACCAAGCCAACCACUGCGCACACACUCCAAACCUGUUUACGCACAUCCAUUGAUGCGAGAGAUGGUCCUGAGAUCAGACUCCUGACAAGAGCAGAGAAGAGCGUCUGAGACCUGGAGACAGGGUGAAGCGUAUCACAAACUGCAUGUGACCUGUGCCAAACGAGUGGGAAUGGUCAACAUCUGCCGAUCACACCUCUUUCCCGCAGCAUUCCGCUGAAUGCAUCCUCCUCCUAGGUGACACAAAGGAGACGGGUGGUAUAAAAGAAGUGUAUGUUCCCCUCAGCGUUCACACUUCACUUCUCCACCUCUUCCUCCUCUUCACUCCUCGUCAUUUCAACUCUCAGAAACAGGAGCCGCUAUCUGCGCAUCUGGAGGAAACUGAGAACGCCGCCUCUAACACUGUCUCCUCUGUCACAACGUCCACUCUCAGCUGUGUCUGCGAGAUCAGGAGCUAAGAUGACUUUCUACGAUGACAUUUACCCAUUCUACCCUCUACAAAGGACUUCCUUCAUCUUCAGCGGCCGCUUGUUCACCAUUAUCCUGGUCUUCCUUGUGCUCGCAGUGAGUCUUCUCCUCAUUCUGCCAGGGAUACGAGGGAAGUCGAGGCUGUUCUGGAUGUUUAGAAUAAUCAUCAGCUUGUUCAUAGGUGCAGUGAUAGUGGCUCUGAACUUUACUAACGACUGGGCCGAGGCCAGGAUGACCACGACUGCCACUUACAAGUCUUUCAGCAACGCCGUGGUCAACGCUGAGAUCGGCCUGCACGUCGGACUGUACGGCAUCAACGUCACGCUGAAGGGCAAUCCUGUUGUGCAGUUCAACGAGACCAUCGACUACAAUGAGAUGUUCAGCUGGCACGACACCAUGGAGGAAGAGUACGAGGAAGCACUGGAGAAAGGUUUACCCAAUCCCAUCCUGUAUAUCGCUGAGAAAUUCACCCUCGGCAGCCCGUGUGGACUCAUCUUCCAGUACAGAUACUCUGGACGAUACGCCUCCGCGACCCUCUGGACUGCGUUUUGCUGCUGGAUGCUUGCCAAUAUCCUGUUCUCCAUGCCGGUCAUCCAGUACGCUGGCUACAUGAUGAUGGCGACGGCCGCCUUCAUCUUCUUCUCCAUGGCCUCCUUCUCCACCAUCAUGAAUGCGCCACAGUGUGUUUUCUCCAUAGGAACCGACUCCUUCGAAACAGAGUACAGCCACUCGUUCUGGCUGGCUCUGGCCACAGGUGUCCUGUGCACCAUCAUUGGGAUCCUGGUGGUGGUGAUGGACUUCAUGAUACCAGAGAAGAUGAAGGAGGCUUUCAGUGGCGGCAUUGACAGUGAUGAAGAUGAGGAUGUAACUGAAGGGGAGGGAUACCUGAAUUCAGUUUUUCUUGAAGGAGUGACAAUUUUACCAUUGACAUCAAAAGUCACCAUGGUUCAUAUAUGAAGCCGUCCAUGUUUCCCUCGGGGGAAGUUCUCCAGCCACUACUUGAAGAUGUGUUUGUUUUAAAUACCUAAGUGAGAAUGUAAGUGUUAUGUUUGAAGUGAAGAAUUGUGAAGUUCAUUGUCAUGUUACAGUAGUUGUAAAUAAUUAUUAACUUGUAUGGGAUCCAUACAAUGUGUAUAUACAUUUAUAUGGGCAUUAUGGAUGAUGUCACUGUUUAACUCUUUGAAUGUGUAUGAAAAUGGACAAUCAUGUCUGCACAGUAAUGAUCAUGGAGUGGAGCCACCGUAUCUGGGUCCCGCCAAUAAUUAUGCUCUCAACCAAUCAUGAGUCAGUCUCAACUGUCAAUCAUGAUGUUUCACCCCAUUCUUACAGCUCAAACGUUCUAUGUACUUUUUAGUUUGGUCCAUGUCUCAUUAACUAACAUGGAGGAGGCAGGGUUCAUGAACGAUACUGCAGCCAGCCACAAGAGGGCAUUCAAGACGAUUUGGCUUCACUUUUUAGAGUCUAUGUUUCAACCCAUUUAAUUUAGCUUACUUUGACGUUUCAUAGCCAGUGCAGGAUCCCUAACCGUGCAUGCAUGUUGCUGAUGGGCACUUUAAUUUGUGCAUAGUUUCUGAGCAGCAUCACUGGUUGCAGUUUCCUUCUUUUCUUCUGAGUCCCCCACUCCUCAAAAAAUGUGAAAACACAAAAGGAAACAACCCAUGAAAGUUCAAACCAUCAAUUGCUAAACCAAGCAAACGUAUUUUAUUGUCUUAUCUGUUUGUUUUUUGCAGCAACACCUUAAUAAAUUAAAGACAAGCGAGUGUUCA